AUGUCAUUUGACUCCUUAUUUUCUGCAGUAGCGAACUUCACUGAUGCAUCCAGGGAAUUUCAUGAGCGCCUGGAAAACCUCAACAGAGGAGAUCCUCUGCAGGUUCGCAUAAUGAAUGAUCAGCUCAUGUAUCUAGAGCGAGCCUUUAUAGACCCCCUGGGUUUACCUGGCAGACCCUUUUACAGACAUGUGAUAUUUGCUCCCAGCAGCCAUAACAAAUACUCAGGAGAGUCUUUCCCUGGGAUCUACGACGCAUUGUUUGAUAUUGAGAACUCAGCGGACCCAGAGAAGGCUUGGGAGGAAGUCAAGCGACAAAUCAGCAUUGCAACGUUCACCAUCCAUGCUGCCGCCAUGACGCUUACGCCACCCGCAUAAAGCACGCACAGUCUGAAGCUGUGUGUGCUCGAACAAUCAUGUGAUCAUUAUUUUUUAACACCUCAAUGUUAAAAGG